AUGGCGGCGCCGGCGCACUUCAUAGACGCGGACGCCGACGCGGCGCUUGCGCGUGCGCUCAUGGCGCAGCGCGCGGCGACGCUGCUGCUCGUGGACCUCGGCCCCGGCCGGGAGCCGGGGCUCAUAGAGAAGCGGGACCUGUUCAAGCUGCAGAGCAUCAAGCGGCGCCGCGGCGGCAAGCGGCGCGUCGCGGCGCGGGACCUGAUGCACCACCCCGUGGUGGUGGUCGACGCGGCCGCGGGCAUCGAGGCGGCGGCGGUCGCGCUGCAGGAGGCGGACGCGCGGCGCGCGGUGGUGCGGGACGCGGCGGCGGGCGGCGGCGGCGGGGGGCGGGGGCAGUGGGUCGGCACCAUCAGCGACGUCGCAAUUUACAGGUGCAUGGGCUUCCCUCCUAGCGGCCUCUCAGACGACGACGAGGAAGGGCCCCACCCCGGCGGCGGCCACGCCCGCGAGAGCGGCGCCGGCGCCGGCAGCGGCAGCAGCGGCGGCGGCGCGCCGGGCGCGGCGGAGUCGCCAGAGGGCGCGGACUCCACGCCCGUUGCCAGCCGCGCGGCGACGCCGCUCACGCGGCCGGGCAGCGAGGACGCGUCCAGUGCCAAGCGCCUGCAGCAGCCGGCGCCGGGCCAGCAGCAGCAGCAGCAGCAGCGGCAGCCGCCGCCCGGCGGCGCCGCGCCGGCGCCCGCGCCCGCGCCGGGGCGCCCGGGCAGCUUCGGCGCGCACCGCGGCGGCGCCGCCGGCGGCGGCGCGAGCUGCAGCAGCCGCAGCAGCGGCGGCAGCGGCGGCUCGACAGCGGCGAGCCUCGGGUACACAGGGGGCACGGGCAGCGCGGCGGGCUCUGUCUGGGGGGACGCGCCAGACGCGCUGACGCGGUACAAGACGGCGGCGGCGCUUUGGGAGCUCGAUUUUGAUGAGAUCGAGAUCGUGCGGAAGAUCGGGGAGGGCAGCUUCGGGGAGGUGCUGCUGGGCAACUUCCGCGGCACCAAGGUCGCAGUAAAGCGCCUCCAUGCGCUUGACAGCGACCCCGGCAGCGACCGCGGCAGCGCCGGCCCCGCCGCCCCUGCCGCCGGCAGCGCCGGCCCCGGCCCCGGCGCGGCCGCCGCGGGCGCGGGCGCGAGCCUCGCGGCGUUCAAGCAGUUUUUCGAGCGGGAAAUUGCGAUCCUCGCUUCCAUCCGCCACCCCAACGUGGUCAACUUCAUCGGCGCGUGCCACCGCGCGCCGACGCGGUGCCUCGUGACCGAGUACUGCGCGCGCGGCUCCCUCGACAAGCUGCUCCACCGCAGCGGCCUCGCGCUCGACCUGCCAAAGCGCAUCGAGUUCGCGCUCGACAUCGCGCGCGGCAUGGCCUGCCUGCACGCGCAGCAGCCGAUCAUCAUCCACAGGGACCUGAAAACGGCGAACCUGUUGGUGUCGGCGCGGUUCGAGGUGAAGGUGGCGGACUUCGGUCUGUCGCGCAUCAAGGACGCGACCCACGUGAGCGCUGGAAGACGGGCAGGCGGGCGGGCGGGCGGCCGCGGCCCCGGGGUGUUUGGGGGCGCGGCUGAGGGUCUAGCAUCGGAGUCGCGUGUGCGCCCCGCCACCAAAACCGGGCCUGGGGCAUGA